AGCACCUCCGCAGGGAUUCGCCUCCGUCUACAAGCUCAGACCAUGGCAUUGUGGCUUCACGCUGGUGCUCUCCUGGUCCUGCUGGCCAUCUCCACGGCAGGAGGGGACGCCGCCGCGCCUCAACACCUGUGCGGAUCUCACCUGGUCGACGCCCUCUACCUGGUCUGUGGCCCGUCUGGUUUCUUCUACAACCCCAAGCGAGAGGUGGACCCGCUACUGGGUUUCCUUCCCCCCAAACCUGCUCAGGAGGGCGAGAUGGCCGAGUUCCCGUAUAAAGAGCACGCCGAGCUGAUGGUGAAGAGAGGCAUCGUGGAGCAGUGCUGCCACAAACCGUGCAGCAUCUUCGACCUGCAGAACUACUGCAACUGAAACCGCAAACUAACGACGACCGGAGCGACCCCACACGCCGUCCAAUCAGCUCGCAGCUGCUACACACAAGAAAACGACCCCCGUUUUGUGUAUUUUUCCUAAAGAAAAUAAUUAUAACAAUAAUAAAG